UUUGCCACAACAGAAGUCCUCAAUUUCAGCUUCAAUGCGGUCCCUUCCCUCCAGAUCAACUUCUCUGAACUGAGUUCUCUUUUCUACUUGGACAUAACAAGGUGUCAGAUCAGCUGGGAGUAUGAUGGUGCCUUUCUCAGCAACAGGCAGCUGAAGACAGUAAUUCUGACCAGAAACCUGCUCAUCUUUCUGUCUGCCACAACAUUUGCUGGCCCAUAUUCCCUGGGGCAUCUUUAACAGACAGGAAUAACAAGUAUGUUCUUUAUUCCAGUGACAAGCCUCUGAGUGUCUGUCAAGGGUCUCUAUCUGCAGUUAUGGCACCUCAGAAAUCUAAAUGCUGACACAUUUCAGAGCUUAACCAGGCUCCAAAAGCUGGACCUAACCCCACCCCACAUCCAUGCACUGCCCCCUGCCAUCAGUGGUGUGAGCUUGCUGGAGGAGAUGGUUCUCAAUGCAAGCUGCUUUGAGCAGCCCUGCACCCAGCUCUGCUGCCUUCCCUCCCUCACCCACCUCCACAUCCAGGGAAACUCACAGGUUCUGCAGCCAGGCUCUGGCUAUUUGGAGAAACUGGCAAAGCUUCAACAUCUAGAUUUAAGCCAGAGUCACUUUGAAAAGCCCUGUAAGGGCUCUUACAAAUCUCCAUCUCUGGCAAGUUCUAGAGAUGAUCUUUCCUCAUCCCACAUUAAUACCAGCAUUCAGCAUGUCUUUCAAGGUUUGAAAAACCUCAUGUUCUUGGACCUCAGUCAAAAUAACUUUGAUUUGGGGAUCAUGCCAAAGGACAAACUGUUCCAACUACUAUCCAAUUUAGAGGUGCUAAUCCUGUAAGCAUCCUGUGAACUAACAUCAGUAGGUAACCAAGUAUUUCACAACCUCAGGAAGUUACAGCAUGUAGAUCUGAAUUACAAGUUUACUGCAUUCAGCACAGAUGCAUUUUCAAAUCCCAAGAGUAUCAAUCUCAGUUGUGUCCAUAACAGCACGCACGCUGUAUCAAAUGUCCAGCUAGUGCCCCUAGAUGGCCACUUGAUAAUCAAUUUAAGCUACGACCUUCUGGACUGCUCCUGCUCUAAGACUGAUUUAAUCACUUAGUACAAGCAAUAUCUAAUAAAAUUGAAGAUCCUGAAAGAACAAGGUGCUCUGAACUUAAAUUUCUAG